ACGAGUGUUCUUUGCACUUUGCAAUUGCUCCUUUUGUACUUUCUAUCUCUUCUUCUUUUUUGUCCUACGUUUGAUCGUCUAUCCGUCUCGUAUCUAAUAGUGCUGAUGGUUGAACGCAGUGAACGUAGUAUACGGCAACAAAAAAUAGGCCUACAUAUUCAUUCAUAUUUCGCGAUAUAUGGUUCGAUAAGAAGUACUGUGAAGCACCACGAAGCACUGCGAAGUGAGAACAUCACAAGCGGAAGCCGAAAACGAGAUUGCGGUGGAGGCGCGUCUUGCUUUAACGUCAGUCUUUUAUAACAGAUCUGACAAAUAAAUGUCACUGCAUUACGUCAUACGUAUGGUUGUUUAAUUGAUACUACUCAAAGACGAUAAACACCUUUCGCAAGUGUUGCUCUGUUCGACUUUGUGUUUCCGCUCGAAUUGGAGCCAUGGACGAUUCCUUGCUGACGGAGGAUACUGAGGUACUUGCAAACAAAGAAGAGCAUUAUGAGGUAAUAGAUGAAUGCAUGGAGGAAACAGAGACAUCUGAAACAAUGCAAGAGUCAGAACAGACAGAAGUUGUAACUUGUCCAGAGUCGGAUAUUGUGAUGCAGCAAGAUCCUGAGACUUAUGCUGAUAAUAUAAAAUCUGAUGAUAACGACACAAAUAAAUUGACUCCUGUAAGAAUGGAAUGUGAUCAAGAAUUGAACAAUGAUACUGAUUUCACUGCUGAUAUUAACUUAGAUGAGUUUGAUGGACAGAAAGAGGUAACAGAUGAAGAUGUAAUGCACCAUUUGGAUGUGAUAGAGAACAUUGAAUUAGAUCCUGAAACUUUUGGUGUGGAUCAGUGUAUGAAAGAAACUAAUCAAUCAGAUUUGUUUACAAAAGAAAGAGAAGAACAAGAGGAAGAAAAAGAUGAGGUAACAGUGAUCGAAGAAGAAGUAGAAGAAAAGUGGUAUGAAAUAAAGCUUGCAGAGAAAAAUGAUCUUUUAAGAGAAAGACUUUCGAAAUUAGCUCGAGUGUUAAUAGUGUCUUAUCCUUCUUAUGAGAAAUGGUUAGAAAGAAUAGAGAAAAUAGAAGGAUCACCUAUUUGUAAAAUAGAUCCAAUUCGACGUUGUUCAUUAAAAAAACCAAAUACUAAUAGAUGGAAGUUUCAAUGCAGAAAAAAAUACAAACAGGAAUCUAUAAAACAAGAAAGCGAUCCAGAUUCUUCUAUAAGUAAUAAUUCUCAAACAUUCUGGCAACUUGAACCAAUUGGAAUAGGAGCUGGUAGUACCGAUAAUGUAAAUGAAUUUUCAUUUCCUGCUUUUGUAUUAACAGCAGUCAAGAUAUUUGAAGAUUUUCUUCAAACAACUGUAACUGAAGACACGAUUUCUUCUGAUCCAUUGGACAUAUCUAUGGAUAUUGACACAAAAAAAGAUGUUGAUCAAGAUAACAAGCAACAGUGGUUGUGCUUGUUAGUACGUUGCAAUAGCAAGGAUGAACUCAUGCUCUUUGCAACUGGAAAAAAUAUUAGUCGUAGUACUAUGGAUCGUUUAAAACAGACAUAUGAGUCUGGUCCUGGAAAGAAUUGUAACGUCAAAUCUCUCUAUUGCAAAUCAUUGAACAAACGCGAUGAUAAAGUCGUUACGACAUUCUUAGUGGGAGCAGAAGCUCUAGACGAAACUGUGGGUAAUCUGAAAGUGCAGCUUGCGCCAAAGACAAACUUUUGGUGUAAUGCUGCAGGUGCGUGGAAUGUAGUAAAAGCAGUCUCAGACCUGCUUGAACCCUCGAAAAAAAUUACAGUACUUGAAAUCGGUUGUGGAAUUGGUGUAAUUGGACUUACAAUAGCAUCUAAAUGUCGAGAAGUGAUAGGAGUUGAUUCACCUUCGGAAGUAGAAGAAGCUGAAAUGACGUGUGAAAUAAAUCAUAUAUACAAUGCAUCGUUCAUAAUGGGAUCUCCAUCUGAAGUUGUAAAUAAACUAAAUUCUGCGCGUGAUUUAUACAAUAAAACUCGUACGACUUAUUGUAUAGUCAAUGCGGGCACCAAUAUGGGUAGAGCUAUUGAAGUUAUGACAUGCUUAAGAAAAAUUACUUCUCUUCGACGUAUUGUAAUGGUCACUACGUUGACAAAACAAUCGGUUCGAGCAAUAUUAGAACUAGCGCGGCCUAUAGAACAAGGGCUCGGUCAUCCAUUCAUGCCAGUUCGAGCAUGUGUCGUUGAUACAUUGCCUACUGGAUCUCAUUUCGAAGUAGUUAUCCAAAUGGAACGAAGACUCAUGCAUAGGCUUACGCAACCGUGGUUCAUCAAGAUGCUGGAGGAAGAAAGCAAAUCGUUAGCCAACACAAAAACUUUAGAAAAGAAAGUCAAUAAUGAUAAAUUUGAAAAUGCUGAGGCACGAAUAAGAAAAAAUCCGUUAGCGAAACCUGAACUUGUUGAAAAAACUAAAACGUUGCUUGCAAAGAAAAUAACUAAAGCAGUAAAAACUGGUUCAAGUUCACCAAUAAAGGGUUCACCAACAAAGGGUUCACCAGCAAAGGGUUCACCAGCAAAGGGUAAAAUGAUAAAAUUAAAGCGGGACCAUUCGCCCGAUAUUAUAGAAAUAAAAAAAGUGCCUAAGAAAAACGAAAAACCUGGAUUUAAAUCAGGGCAGCAGGAUGUUACAGCUAAGAAAAAGAAUUGGUUUCAUGAAAACUCAGCACUUCGUAUCAAUCCAUUAUUUGAGAAAAAAGCAAGGGAAAAUAAAGAACAAGUUGAUUUAAGAGAAAAAUUGUUGAGUAACCGAAUUGACACAGAUCUAAUACAGAAGGUAAAUGAGAGUCGAGAAAUUCUUGAAGCAGCCAAAGAAAAAUUGAGCGGUCCAUCUCCCACGGUUGAUGCAACGACCGCUAAGGAAUUAAAAAAUGUGUUGAGCUUAGUUCUCGACCAAACUAACAAACUUCAGACUCAAUUGCCGCGUUCAGUGUGGGAUCGCAUCGCGCCACCUGAGCCUGAGCCAAAGGGUUCAGUAAGGAAAGAGCUUGAUGACGAUCCUCUUUUGAAAGGACGAUUUGUGCAAGAAACUCGUGCUCAGGAUAUUGUUAUUACUACAGCAAACAAAGAAUACUUAGAAACUGAAGAUAAUAAGCCGAAAUUUAAAAAAUAUCACAACUUACAACCACUAGAGCCAAAUAUGGUAAUGCCGGUAUCAAAAAAGUUUAAAUCCAACAAUAAUAGAACGGAAUUCUCUCAAAAAACAUUUGACAACAGAAAUAGACAACAAAACCAAGAUAAUUCCUGGAAUAGGAAUAAAAGUUUUGAUGGAAAUCGUUGGAACAACACAAGUUCUAUGAGAAAACCUACCUCUCCUAUGAAAAGGCAGGAUUUAUCGUUUAGACAACGAGCAUCACCAUCGGAUAGAUUUUCAAUGGACAAGCGUCCGUUACUAUCACCACCAAGACGCCCAAGCUCGUCGCCCAGGAGACAUCUUUCCCCAGAUAGGUCAUAUCAAGUACAUGAAUCUACACCUCCUCGAGAAUAUUCUCAGAGACGGCCAAUAUCGCCACUAAGAAUAAUGGUAUCUCCUUCUAAUGAUAGAAUUCAUGAAAUGCCUACGCCAUCUAGACAUUCGUUCUCACCGCUUAAUCGAACAAUGUCUCCGCCAAGGCGACCAAUGCAAACAUCAGGCCGAUCAAUGUCACCUAUUAGACGGCAUAUGUCGCCGCCAAGGCCACAGUUAUCUCCACCGAGACGACAAGUGUCGUCCAUGGAGUAUGACUCAUCCGUGAGACAAUUAUCUUCGGAAAGAAGACCUUUGUCGCCUAUGGGCAGAAUGAUGUCUCCGUCAAGAUCAAGAGAUAUGAUUGCAUCGCGACAUCAGUCGCCUCCCAUGAGACACUUUUCGCCACAUCGAGUAUCGGUACGGGGUACUUCGCCCGUAAGGCGACAGCAAUCCCCUUCAAGGCGACAACUAUCCCCUCCAAGGCGUCAACUAUCUCCUCCAAGACGCCAACUAUCUCCUCCAAGACGCCAAGGUUCACCAAAUAGAUUUGCGGAUGAAUGGGAUAUACCAAGUCGAGGUGCUGCUAUUGAACAGAGCAGCACUUGGCAACGGUCUAUGAAUGAAAGAUCGGAAAAUGUUUGGCGUAAUGAGAGACAACCAACAACGAGCGAAAAUUGGCAAGCUUUGUCUGAUAAUGAUAGAUAUCGUAAACCGACUAACCAAGAUAAGCCCUGGGAUGUUAGAGAGUCCUCAUCUCAUGGAAAUUCAUGGAAUGCAAAACCGAAUAUGAAAGAACAAUGGCAGACUUCGGACAAUAGAUGGCCUGGUCCAUCCAGAUCAGGAAUUGGUGAUGAUAAUUGGAAUCGAAGCAAAGAAAGCCUAAAUAGUCGCAACAAGGAACCUUGGAUGAAUACAAAUAAACCACGAUGGGAACAGCCACAGUCUAACGAAUGGAAUCAAGGAGACAAAGACGAUUGGAAUGAUCUUCCGGAAGACGCUCGGGAUCCCUGGGGUGAUGAAGGUAAUCUUGGGUUGCAGGACAGAUGGAUGAACGAUAAUCAAGCUGCAUCAUCGAUCAAUUGGUCCAGAGAAGCUGACAAAGGAAAUUCUUGGGCAAAAUCUAAAGACAAUUGGCAAAACAAGUCGCAAACAUUUCCAGCAAAGUCGCUAUGCCAAAAUAACAAUAAUCCGAACGUAAAUGACUCCCGUUGGUUAUCUUUAAACGAUAUGAAUAAAAAGAUACCAUCAUCGACUAAUUGGCAAGGAGGCGCCAAUAAUGUUGGAACCAACAUUGGAACCAACGUUGGAUGGCAAUCAAACUAUGGUUUUCAACCACAGCGCUCUUUUGUGCCCAAUUUGUUUAAGGAUCGACGUUAGAUAAGACGUUAGACAAAAUAUUUUAUUAUACUUAAAGUAAUAAUCGUUCAGCAUUGCUGUUAACUUUCAAUUUAUAAAAUAAAACACGAGUCUUUUUUAGAUAUUAAAAAUGCAGUAAAAUAUAUGAUGUCAAAUAAAGUUAUGUAUUCCAGUGUGUGUUAAAAUAUGUAUCUCCGUAUUGUGAUUUUUAUGAAAAUAAUGCAAUUUUUUUGUUUUUAUUUUUGCUUCUAUUUUUGUUGUAAAUCAAUGUUUAUGAUUUGUAGUUUUGAGCCUAAAAUUGAAAUGUAUCACGUUCAUUUGUCAUUCUUCCCACUUUAUAGCUCUUUCGUAGCGGACGAUGAUUCGAUAAAGGAUGAGAUUAGUUUGAAAUUAUAAAAAAUUUUGUUAAUACCUUUUUUGUUUUGUUACAACUAUAUAACAUUUAUAUACUAGUUAUGUAUACUUAAAUUAUACAUAUAAAAUUAUAUGUAUAUUACAUGUUUAUGUACUUUUGUAAUUACAUAUAUAAUUUAGAUUAAGAAUAAUCUUAUAAUACAAUAUUAAUAAUAUAUUUUUAAAGACAUUAAAACUUAUCUCAAAUUAGUCUGUCUCUUAAACCAAGUUCUCAUAUUAUGAGAAAAUUAUGAAAAUUAAAACAGCAAUGGAUAUGCACGAAUAUCAACGCAUUUCAAUUUCAAGUCUAAAACUAUAAAUUUUGAACGGCACUGUUGUAAAUGAUAUUCAUAUAAUAACACAAUUUAUUAAUAUGUGUUCCAAUUAAGGGAAGCAAUACUAUUUAUCCCUUUUAUGUGAAUGUUAUUGAUUAGUUAUAUUAGUUUUGCAAUGAGAGAAAUAAAAAUAGGCUACACGCAUGAGGAACAUUGUACAUACAUAACAGCAUGAAUUGAUACGUAAUAACUGUUGAUUGUAUCUCAAAGUGUUUUUUAGAAUAAAUUACAUAUAAGUUAGCAUCUCAUAUAUUUUGGUUUAAUUUUUGAAAUUACAUAUGCGUUGUAUCUUAAAAAGUUAUAUGCGUUAUUAUAUUUUAAAAAACUGAAUAACAAUGACUAUUUUUUAAAGAUAAAAUUUGUAAUAUUUUGAGUUAAAUAAAGUUCAAUAAUGGACAUUAUUUGUCAUAAA